AUGAGUGCCAAUGUUUCUUCUCCCCUUGUGGAGAAUUUAAAGCAAAAUGCCAAGGAAUUAUUAGAUGUUGACUUUUUACAAUCAAAAGCUUUAGAAUUAUAUCAAUCAGCUACUUGGUUUCAAAUAAUAAUGUCAUUAAUUAUUAUUACAUUAUCAUAUGAUCAAAUUAAAUAUCAAUUAAAUAAAGGUUCUAUUGCUGGUCCAAGAUUUAAAGUAUGGCCAAUUAUUGGUCCAUUUUUAGAAUCUUUAGAUCCAAAAUUUGAAGAAUAUAAAUCAAAAUGGGAUUCUGGUGAAUUAAGUUGUGUAUCAAUUUUUCAUAAAUUUGUCGUGAUUGCUUCAUCUCGUGAUUUAGCUAGAAAAAUUUUAUCAUCUCCCAAAUAUGUUAAACCUUGUGUUGUUGAUGUUGCCAUUAAGAUUUUAAGACCAACUAAUUGGGUAUUUUUAGAUGGGAAAGCUCAUACUGAUUAUCGUCGUUCUCUUAAUGGAUUAUUUUCUCAAAAAGCUUUAGAAAUUUAUAUUCCUGUUCAAGAAAAGUAUAUGGAUUUAUAUUUAGAACGUUAUGUUAAUUAUAAAGGACCUCGUGAAUUUUUCCCGGAAUUUAGAGAAUUAUUAUGUGCUUUAUCAUUAAGAACUUUUUGUGGUGAUUAUAUUACUGAAGAACAAAUCUCUUUGAUUGCUGAUAAUUAUUAUAGAAUUACUGCUGCUUUAGAAUUAGUUAAUUUCCCAAUUAUUAUUCCUUAUACUAAAACAUGGUAUGGUAAAAAAAUUGCUGAUGAAACCAUGAAAAUUUUUGAAGACUGUGCUGGUAUGGCUAAGGUUCAUAUUAAUGAUCAAAAUGGAUCACCAACUUGUGUUAUGGAUGAAUGGAUUCAUUUAAUGAAAGAUGCAAGAGAAAAACAUUCUAAUGAUCCUGAUUCUAAAUUAUUAAUUAGGGAAUUUUCCAACCGAGAAAUCUCAGAAACAAUUUUCACCUUUUUAUUUGCUUCUCAAGAUGCUUCUUCAUCUUUGGCAUGUUGGUUAUUCCAGAUUGUUGCUGAUAGACCUGAUGUUGUUGCCAAGAUUAGAGAAGAACAAUUGAGAGUUAGAAAUAAUAAUCCUGACCAAAGAUUGAAUUUAGAUUUAAUUAAUGAAAUGGCUUAUACUAAUAAUGUUGUUAAAGAAUCUUUAAGAUAUCGUCCACCAGUUUUAAUGGUUCCAUAUGUUGUUAAACAAAAAUUCCCCGUUACUGAUACUUAUAGUGCUCCUAAGGGGUCAAUGAUUAUCCCCACGUUAUAUCCUGCAUUACAUGAUCCAGAAGUAUAUGAUGAUCCAGAUAGUUUUAUUCCUGAAAGAUGGGAAAAUGCUACUGGUGAUAUGUAUAAACGUAAUUGGUUAGUAUUUGGAACUGGUCCUCAUGUUUGUUUAGGUAAGAAUUAUGUUUUAAUGUUAUUUACCGGAAUGUUGGGUAAAUUUGUUAUGAAUGCUGAUUUAAUUCAUCAUAAAACUGAUUUAUCAGAAGAAAUUAAAGUAUUUGCCACUAUUUUCCCAAAAGAUGAUUUAAUUUUAGAAUGGAAAUCAAGAGAUCCAUUUGCACCAACUGAAGUUUAA